AAUACAUACGGUUUGCUACAGCUCAUUCACGGUCCAGAUACCACAAGCAUGCCACAAGCAACAGCGCGUGCGCGGCUGUGAACACCACCUGCACGACGGGCGCGGAGAGGGCGGCGUAGGGCUCCGGCUCCCCCGCGGCACGGCUCUCCAGGCGCCGGUGGUUGCUCUCGCGCAGUCCGUCCCACCAGUCGCCCACCAUGGACUCUGGGGGCAGCACGCACAUCACGGCCUCCUGCCUCCCGCCCGCCACUCCCGCCCCUGUGCUGGCCACUGGUGCACUGAGGGAGGCCACCAUGGACCACUGCAGGACUGUGAGCUGGAACCCCACAACUGCCCGGAUACAAGCUCGGAUGGCAGUAGCUCAGCACGUGUGGACGACAUUCUAGGGCUGAGCUGCCGGAUGGUCUCCAAGCACGCUUGCCUGCGCAGAGUUGCGAUACCGGCGGCGGCCGUCCCGCUGAGCCGGCUGUCGAGGCGAGGCUACGGCAUCGUGGGCCCCGACAGGGGGGCCGACCCGACCAAGGGCAAGGGGCCGAUAUCGUGGCGCAACGUGGCCAUCACCGCCGCUCUGGGCGGGGGGCUGCUGGCGUUCAUGCUCUACGUCAAGAAGGAGAAGGAAAUGGCCCUGCUGAGGGAGCGCAAGCGCAUGCUGGGCAAGGCGGCCAUCGGCGGGCAGUUUGAGCUGGUGGACCAGGACGGCAAGCCGCGCAGCAGCUCGGAGUUCCUGGGCCAGUGGCUGCUCAUCUACUUCGGCUUCACGCACUGCCCCGACGUGUGUCCCGACGAGAUGGAGAAGAUGGUGGCCGUCGUCGACAAGCUGGAGACGAUGCCCAACGCGCCGCGCGUGCAGUCACUGUUCAUCACCGUGGACCCGGUGCGGGACACCACGGACGUGGUCAAGAAGUACAUAGCGGAGUUCUCGCCCAAGCUGAUCGGCCUGACGGGCUCGCCCGAGCAGGUGGAGAAGACGUGCAAGGCGUACCGCGUGUACUUCAGCGCCGGCCCGCGCGGCUCCGACGACGACUACAUUGUGGACCACACGAUCAUCAUGUACCUGGUGAACCCCGACGGAGAGUUCGUGGACUACUACGGGCAGAACAAGAGCGCGGAGGAGAUCGCAAACAGUGUUGCCAUCAACGCUCUCAAGUACGACCAGCUCAACAAGAGCUGGUUCUGAGCGCGGCCGAGCAGUUCCCGCACAGCUGCUUCCGUCUAGUGAUAACUCAUAAGUGCUGGUAGUUUCUGUAACGUGAGCUGGUGAGUUUGUACUGUACUGCGCGUAAGAAACUCUUCGCGGCUAUGUGUACUUUGUGUCCAAGACAGUGCAUCGCCUGCUCUUCACCUGUUUGACAGGCGUGGUUUCCCGUCCUUUCCUGUUUGCCUUAUGUUUGUAGUCAUUUCAGUUCCGAGUUGACAAAUGCAAAUUUGAACUCGGUGCAUAUAUACUAAGUUAUGUUAAAAUGGCAUUGAUGAAGCAGUUUUCACAGCUAUCCUAAAAGAUUACACAUUUAAAAAUUA